AUGCAACUUAUCUCCCGCAACACCCUCGCUGGCCCGUCCCGCCUUCUCGCGCGCCCCUCCCUCCUUCUCCCGGCCUACCGCUCCCACUCAUCCGCCUCCGCCUCCGCCCCGCGUCCAUCACACGCCUACAUCCCUCCCAUCCCCUCCGCCGCAGAUACUCAAGUCAAGCCAGCAGAAGAUACCCGAGCGACCGCGACCUCACCCACCAACCUCUCUCCGGAGGAGAAGGAGCUCAUUGCGCGGAUCGUGAGGGUCGAUCAGGCGGGCGAACUGGGUGCGAAUUGGAUAUAUAGGGGACAGAAGUGGGGGAGUGCGAUGCGGGGGGAUAGUAAGACGGUCAAGCAGGUCGAGGAAAUGUGGGAGAGCGAAAAGCAUCAUCUUGCGACCAUGCGGCUUGUGCAGACGCAGCAUAGUGUGCGGCCGACGAUACUCUACCCAGUCUGGCAGGGGAUGGCAUUUGGUCUGGGGGCGGUGACGGCGCUUAUGGGAAGGGAGGCGGCUAUGGCGUGUACGGAAGCGGUUGAGACUGUCAUUGGGGAGCAUUAUGACGACCAAAUCAGAUCGCUGAAGCCCCUUCUCGAGACCAAAUCAGGCGUAGCACCUCAUCCAUCAUUACCCCUUUUGAAGGGGGUUCUGGAGGAGUUCCGGGAUGAUGAGCUGGAGCACCUGGAUACCGCAGUGGAAGAGGGAGCGCAGAAGGCACCGGGACAUAGCCUGCUCAGUGCGAUCAUUGGAGCAGGGUGCCGAGUAGCUAUCAAGGUGUCUGAGAGGGUGUAG